UGCACAGGGUGGAGGGAGUGGCCAGCAGCCCUGCCCAGAUUAAGCUGGAGGCGCGCGGGAGCCUGCGACUCUGGGGCCAGGUUUGCUGGUAGCUCCCGCGGCUGUACAUCUGCUGACGGCCUUCAACUCACAACCACUGCAUAGAUUUGACGCUGAACAGGCAGUGGAAAGGAACACGGUCACGGGUGGAUUCCCUCCAGCCGCAACUGUAAGGCGCGUAUCAAAUCUGUCUGCUAGCCUGCAGUUCCUUGUCUGCCGGAUUGUUCGCCCAGAUUCUAACACAGGACACAGACUCCCAACUGUCCACAAGAGUCUUCUGGAAGGCAGGAGAAGACUGGAGGAGGAUUUUGGACGCAGAGUUCACCAGUGAGGGUAUCUGUGCGCAAGGUCUUCAUGAGGUGCUUUUUCAGAUGGACCAAGCCCUCAGUCACAGCCCCCUGGUCACUAAUUUUUAUUCUCCUUACCGUACGAUAUGAAUAUGGGAGUGGCAAGAAGUAUGGCAGCCCUUGUGGAGGAAGAAACUGCUCUGUCUGUCAGUGUUUUCCUGAAAAGGGAUCUCGGGGUCAACCAGGACCACUGGGGCCACAGGGACCAAUAGGGCCCUUGGGACCCCCGGGACCCAUUGGGAUUCCAGGAGAGAAAGGACUGAGAGGUGUCAGUGGCUUGCCUGGAGCAGCAGGAGAGAAAGGAGACAAGGGUCCAACUGGUGUCCCUGGAUUUCCAGGUUUGGAUGGCGUACCAGGUCACCCAGGACCUCCCGGACCCAGAGGCAAACCUGGCAUGGAUGGUUUCAGUGGCUCAAGAGGUGAUCCAGGAUUUCCAGGAGAAAGAGGAGCGCCUGGCCCAGGAGGGCCCCCUGGUCAGCCAGGAGAAAAUGGAGAAAAAGGAAGAUCGGUGUUCAUUUCCGGUGGCAUUAAAGGUAUUCAGGGAGACCGUGGGGACCCAGGACCGCCCGGCUUGCCAGGAUUUAGGGGUGCCCAAGGAUCAGCAGGGCCCAUGGGGUAUGCUGGCGCACCAGGGCCUGCAGGGCCUAUAGGUCAUCCUGGGAGCCCUGGGUUGAAGGGAAAUCGUGCUGUGGGAAUAAAGGGGCAAAGGGGAGACCCGGGUGAAGUUGGCCAGCAUGGUCCUCCUGGGCCUACCCUGUUUGUACAGCCACCUGAUGUGAACCUCUAUAAAGGAGAAAAGGGUAUAAAAGGAAUUCCCGGAAUGAUUGGACUUCCAGGACCUCCAGGACGCAAGGGAGAGCCUGGUAUCGGAACCAAAGGAGAGAAAGGUAUUCCUGGGUUCCCAGGACCCCGGGGCGAGCCUGGUUCCCAUGGAUCUCCAGGUUUUCCAGGACUCAAGGCAAAACAAGGAGUGGCUGGAGAUCCUGGACUGUCUGGCUUUCCUGGUGCAAAGGGGGAUCCCGGAGAUCGCGGGGACCCAGGACCACCAGGUGCUUUGGUAACUCCCCCUCCUCCACUCAAAGGUCCUCCAGGGGACCCAGGGCCCCCUGGCCGCUAUGGAGAAAUCGGAGAUGUUGGACUACCAGGUCCUCCCGGGCCCCCAGGCAGACCAGGAGAAACUUGUCCAGGCAUGGUGGGACCCCCUGGGCCACCAGGGAUUCCUGGUCCUCCAGGAUUUCCAGGGGAAGCUGGUGUUUCUAAAAGAUUCGACUGUGCUCCAGGAGAACCAGGGAAGCCAGGACCACCUGGCCUUCCUGGAGCACCAGGACCACAGGGUACCCCUGGAUCAGAUGUUAUAUAUUGCAGCCCUGGGUGUCCUGGACCAAUGGGAGAAAAGGGAAAAAUGGGUCCCCCAGGAAGAAGAGGAGCCAAAGGAGAAAAAGGAAAUGAGGGACUCUGUAUCUGUCCACCUGGUCCCAUGGGACCCCCUGGCCCUCCAGGACUUCCUGGAAGACAAGGAAGUAAAGGAGACAUAGGGCUUCCUGGCUGGCUCGGAGAAAAGGGUGAUCCAGGCCAGCCUGGUGCUGAAGGACCUCCAGGGCCCCAAGGAAUGCCUGGUGCCUUGGGGUCCCCUGGCCACAAAGGAGCAAAGGGUGACAUGGUCACAUCAAGAGUGAAAGGGCAGAAAGGAGAAAGAGGGCCUGAUGGGCCACCAGGAUUUCCAGGGUCACGUGGACAAGACGGUCAGGAUGGCCAUGCUGGAGAAAGAGGGGAUCCGGGGCCCAGAGGUGACCAUAAGGAUGCGAUCCCUGGUGAGAGAGGGCUUCCCGGACUUCCAGGUCCUCGAGGGACAACAGGACCUGUGGGACCUCCAGGACUGGGAUUUCCAGGCCCACCAGGAGAGAGAGGCCAGCCAGGAGAGCCGGGGAAUCCAGGCAUGAGGGGUUUUGAUGGCAUGAAGGGGCAGAGAGGUGACACCAUUUCUUGCAAUGUAACCUACCCAGGGAAUCCAGGCCCUCCAGGUUUUGAUGGACCUCCAGGUAUCACCAGUGCAAAGCUCUUGUCCUACACACUUUCCAGAGUUAAAGAACCAAUGAUUAGUAUUGUUUUCUCUUGUUUAAUGUGCCACAGGUUUAAGCUCUGUAGAAUAUGUUUUUCCUGUGAAUGUUUGAAGAAAGUUCUAAGUUUUCCAGCCUCAGGGCUAUUGUGCUUUGUCCCAGGGGCCCCAGGUUGGAAAGGCCAGUCAGGAGACAUGGGGCCUCCUGGACCAGCUGGGAUGAAGGGCCUCCCUGGCAUCCCAGGCCUCCCAGGAGCAGAUGGUUUCCAAGGGCCUCCUGGGACUCCAGGCCCCACUGGAGACGAUGGCCCACCUGGCCUUCCAGGCCCAAAGGGACACCCAGGGCCGCCUGGCUACCGUGGUUUUCCAGGAGAGAGAGGAAGGUCAGGCCCAGAUGGACAACCUGGAAGAAAGGGAGAAAUUGGAGAGAAGGGCUGGCCUGGCUCCCAGGGAGACGUGGGAGAGAAAGGUGCCAAAGGAGACAGAGGACCUCCCGGUGAUGCAGGAGAAACAGUCAUCAUUUCCAGAAAGGGGGAGCCUGGGGAAACUGGGCAGCCAGGAGAUGAUGGGUUCCCAGGACCGAGAGGUGAUAAAGGAAGCCCAGGGAUGCAAGGGGGAAGAGGAGAUCCCGGAAGAGAUGGAGUACCUGGAUUGCACAGAGGACUGCCUGGGUUAAAUGGGCCUCCUGGGCCUCCAGGCCCCCCUGGCCCUCCAGGCUCACCUGGAUUAAGGGGAGUCAUUGGCUUUCCAGGAUUUCCAGGUGACCAGGGUGAUCCAGGUUCUCCAGGUUCCCCUGGAUUUUCAGGAGAUGAUGGAGCAAGAGGACCUAAAGGAAGCAAAGGCGACCCUGCCAGUCAGCGUGGUCCAUCUGGUCUGAAGGGUGAGCCAGGUAGUCCUGGAUACCAAGGACAUCCUGGGACCCCUGGAGAGCAAGGCUUCCCUGGAGAUGAUGGGCCUAGAGGACCACCGGGCAGACCUGGACAAGCUGGCUCUUCUGGACCACCAGGAUAUCCAGGUGACCCAGGGAUGCCUGGGCUGAAGGGCCACCCAGGAGAAACCGGAGACCCUGGGCCAAGAGGUUCCCCAGGAGAUUUAGGGAGGCCAGGUCCUCCGGGAGUAAAAGGGUCCCCCGGGUCUCCUGGUCUGAACGGCUUGCACGGUCUCAAGGGUGAGAAAGGAGCCAAAGGUACCUCAGGUCUGCAUGAAAUGGGUCCACCUGGGCCCAUAGGAAUGCCUGGGCUAAAGGGAGAGAGAGGUGACCCUGGGAACCCAGGAAUUUCUACCCCAGGUCUUUCUGGAGAAAAAGGCCUCCCAGGACCCCCAGGGAGACCAGGACCACCUGGUCGCAUAGGAGCUCCAGGAAGACCUGCUAAAGGUGACAUUCCCGAUCCAGGUCCACCUGGAGACUGGGGACCUCCCGGCCCUGAUGGCCCAAGAGGAGCACCUGGGCCUCCAGGCUCCCCAGGGAAUGUCAGCCUUCUGAAAGGGGAUCCAGGUGACUGUGGUUUGCCUGGACCACCUGGUUCCCGAGGCCCACCAGGCCCUCCAGGGUGUGAGGGCACCCCAGGAUGUGAUGGCAAAGAUGGUCAGAAAGGACCAAUGGGAUUCCCAGGGCCUCCAGGGCCACCUGGUUUUCCUGGGGCACCUGGAGAGAAGGGACUACCUGGCCCUCCAGGCAGAAAAGGACCCAUAGGCCCUCCAGGUGAACCGGGGCCUCCUGCCGACCUGGAUUCCUGUCCUCGGAUCCCAGGACUUCCUGGAGUGCCAGGCCCCAGAGGACCAGAGGGAGCUGUAGGGCUUCCUGGAGAGAGAGGCCCCCCUGGACCAGGGUGCAAAGGAGAGCCUGGGCCAGAUGGCAGGAGGGGCCAGGAUGGUUUCCCUGGAUCUCCUGGGCCCCCAGGACACAAAGGCGACACUGGAGAGGCUGGCUGCCCCGGAGCACCAGGCCCUCCUGGUUCGAUUGGUGAUCCUGGGCCCAAGGGGUUUGGCCCUGGAUACCUCAGUGGCUUUCUCCUUGUUCUCCACAGUCAGACAGAUCAAGAACCCGCCUGCCCUAUGGGUAUGCCCCAGCUUUGGACUGGGUACAGCCUGUUAUACAUGGAAGGACAGGAGAAGGCACACAAUCAAGAUCUCGGUUUGGCGGGGUCUUGUCUUCCCGUGUUUAGCACACUACCCUUUGCCUACUGCAACAUUCACCAAGUGUGCCACUAUGCCCAGAGAAAUGACAGGUCCUACUGGUUGGCUAGUGCAGCUCCUCUUCCCAUGAUGCCACUCUUGGAGGAAGAGAUCCGCCCUUACAUCAGCCGCUGUGCCGUGUGUGAGGCCCCAGCCCAGGCAGUGGCCGUCCAUAGUCAGGACCAAUCCAUUCCACCGUGUCCACGUGGGUGGAGGAGCCUUUGGAACGGAUACUCAUUCCUGAUGCACACUGGAGCUGGGGACCAAGGAGGAGGGCAGGCCCUCGUGUCACCUGGCAGCUGCCUAGAAGACUUCAGAGCUGCACCAUUCCUUGAAUGCCAGGGCCGACAGGGAACCUGUCACUUUUUUGCCAAUAAAUACAGCUUCUGGCUGACCACGGUGAGCCCAGACCAGCAGUUUUCCUCUAGCCCGUCACCAGACACCUUGAAAGACAUUCAGGCCCAGCGCCGGAAAAUCAGCCGGUGCCAGGUCUGCCUGCGAAUUCAAAACAGCUAGAGGACUCAAAACAUGCAAAGGGUCAUCAAGAGAGACUUCCGUGGAGGAAAAGAUGCCCCAACUACUGUAGCAAAUUCGGUGGUGCUCUCUCCGGCUCCAUCAGCCACGCCCUGUCUCAGCGUGCGCCCUGUCUCAGCGUGGCUCCUCCAGGGGCCCUCCUUCUCCUGCUACAGCUCAAGUGAACGCUGCACACGUGGAUUUGUUUGACCCCCACCAAUCCAGAUGAAACUGACACAUUCCCCUUUUAUUGAGAAGAUGGAAGAACAGGCUUUAUUUGAACAUGUGUUAAUUCCCAGAAAAGCAAGUGAAUGACAAAGACCAGAUUAUAAACAACUGAAGAGUUCCUUCAUUGGUUGAUAGCGUUUCAGACAACUGAAGUCAAUUAUUCUGUAAUCCAUUGGGCUUCUGGCUAGAUUUUGCAGGAACAAUAUAAAUAGGCCAACAAAUGAAGCUAUGUAGCAGAGAUUUUCAAUGUUUCAAAAAUGAUUUCCUCUCUAAUCUAUUAUAAUCUAGCCUUUUUAGCCAUGCACUUUAAAUAAUUGUGGGACCAUGGCCCAAAGAGGUUUUGAAAAAGGAGGAAGAAAGGAAAAACAGCCUCUCUACACUAGCAGUUCAUUUCAAAGCAGAAUGAGUCAUUUUGCCAGGAAAGCCUGCCGUCCUGUAUUCCAGGGCCUCGACAUUAGCAUAAACACUUCACCGACGAAUAUAAAACAUUAUGUUCUCUCCUGCAUUUUACAGAGAAUAGAAAUGCCUUCUCUGGCAACCCUUUUGAAAAGUAGCAAUUAUAGAAAAAAUAUAUUCAAUAAGGGAUUAGGAGCCUAAAAGCUAUUAAUGAAUAUUAAGGUAGUGAUUCACAAAAAUCGACUCCCCAUCCCAGGGAACAUGCAAACAGACUACUUUUCCCCAGUCGGGGGCCCAGAGUGUCCUUCUGCUAAUGGCACUGAAGCCACAUGGGGUUUACUCAGGCAAUCCGGAGGCUGGUACAAAGCCUCUGGCUCUCCUCCCCAGGAGAAACUGCGAGGCUCCUCCUCCACACGCAUAAUGGCAACUGGCUCCUGAAGUGACAGGGCUAUCAUUAUGCACUUGGGAGAAAAUUAAGGGCUGGCUUAAUUAAACUUAGGUAAGAAGAUUCAUUUAUGUCAGGGUCACCCCACCAGGAAGGCGCGGGGCUCUCUUGAACAGAAACAAAGACGAUAUCCAGUCUGAAUUUUGAGCUCCUGUGAUUUUUUUUUUUAUGGGAGCAUCCGUUUCGCCAAUUUUCAAACAUUCUUUAUAUUGUAUUAGCAUCAUGGCAAGACAGCUGUUUGACGCUGGACCUUAGCAGCUCCUGCACACGGGCAAGAUCCAUGUCAAUUUGCAGUGAUUUUUCUCCAUACCAAAGGGUCUGUUGGCUACUUAGUCAAGGACGGCUACAAAUCACAAAUAGAAAGUCUUGCUAGAAAAGACUUUAUUUUAUUAUUAUUUUUGAAACUAACCUUCCCCAGCUAGAGAAAAAUUGGCAUUUUAAUAGAAGAAAGGACUUACCCCUGAGGGUGACACUCAUGUCAGAGCUCACUUUUCAGGGUACUUAAGAAUAAUUGAGAGAAAAACUCAAUUAAAAUUUUGUUUCCGGGCCUGGAGAGAUGGCUCAGUAGUUAAGAGCACUUAUGGUUCUCAUGGAGGAUCUGAGUUCAGUUCCUAGCACCCAGGUCAGGUGGCUCGUGGUCACCUAACUCCAGUUCCUUUUCUAGCCUACGUGGGUACUCCUGUACACAUACAAAUACCCACCCACAGACACAUACUCACACACACAAUUGAAAACAAAGGUAAACAGGAAGGCAUUUCUAAGAUGUGUUUUUCUUGCCAUCCUUUGAUCAAUGGCGGGCUCCGUUAUGCAGAAUACAUUUAGUGUUUUUGUUGUAGGCUCCCUGUGGGGUGGCCGCUUAAGAGAACUUUCUGGUCAAUAAUGUCUAUUUUAUUUUAUUCUUUCUAAAGCUGCUAGUGCCUCAGUCUGGAGUCCAACUUGGCCUGGGACUCACUACAAAACUCCACGCUGGCUUCAAAAUCUUGGCAAUUUCCUGGAGAUUCCAAUGUGCUAGGAGUUCAGCCUUUUUUCUUUUUUUCCUUUGUUCUUUUUCUGUCUUUCUUUUUUUUUUUUUAAAUAAAAAAACCUGGUGUUUUUGUUUUGUUAUUGAA